AUGUCGCUCGCUAAAUUAACAGCCGUAUCUACGUCGACUUUAUCUCUCUUGCUGGAACGACAACGACUUCAGACACUCCCACAGUAUACUUCCCAGACUUCGAACCCCCUCCACCUCCCACAAAUAACCAAGAACUUGCGGCAACUGAAAGCUGGCAUCCUUGCACUUGAGCAGUCGGAGGGCCGGACCGAAGCUGUUACCCUACUGAGCAGUCAGUAUGGGAGGAUGAGGGGCAUGCUGGGCGAGGACGCGGAUAGGGCGGGGAUCGAGGUCCUGGAGGAGCCCAAGCCGGAGCCGAAAGGGGAGGACGAGUACGAGAGGGAAUUGAGUCCCCCAGUCGGCAAGACACAUACACGGUCGAGCAGUACCGAGCCGAUAUAUACGCCCUACGCAGACGACCCGGAAGCCGGACCGGAGCCAGGAGUAUUAUUGCAGGAGCAGCAACGGUUGAUGGAGGACCAGGACAUCAGGCUCGAUUCGCUUGCGCAGAGCAUUGGUCGCCAAAGAGACAUCUCACUACGUAUCAACGACGAAAUAGGAACACAUCAAGGCUUGCUGGAGGAACUCGACCAUGAUCUCGACUCAACAUCACACAGACUUGGUCGUGCACGGAGACAGCUGGGAACUUUUGCGCAGAAAGCAAAGGCAAAUGGCUCGACAUUGACCAUUGCCGGCCUGAUAUUCGUUCUCCUCAUCCUCAUCAUUGUCUUCAAGACAUGA